ACGUUCGCAGUAAGAAGUUCAGAUUUCGUUUGAAAUAUGUUGAAGUCAGCUGCCAUUAUUCAGUGCUUCCUUGCUGUCCUUGCUUUACAAGGAUCGUGGGCAUUCUCGUGGCGAACCCCCCAGAAUAAUACGCAGUCCGUGUGCCCACUGCAGGAUCCUCCCACCCAGUGUGGGGCAUUCUGCUUUAGUAUCCUGCACCCGAUGCAAGAGGAGUUGACAUCCAUUGAAGGCAAGCAGAACCUCGUGCAGACCAAACUCCUGGCGGUGCAGUCCAGGCUGGAGGCCGAGAGGGUUUCCCUGACGUCCAAGAUGGAUGCCCAACUUGUGGCGCUACAGACCGAAAUGAAAAACCAAGUGCAGGCCCUGCAGUCAGACAUGGAUAUCAAGCUGGAUAGCAUACUUCAAACGGUUCAGGCCAAGCUGGACGCUCAGCUCUCUGUCCUCCAGGAGUCGCUGAAAAACAUCGUUACCAAAGCUGAUUUCGAGGAGAGGGUGAACAAAACUGAAAUCGAUCCCCAUUUACCAUUCGAGAAGAUAGGCAACAGAUACUUUUACAUCGAACACGAUCUUGAGCGCACUUGGCAGUCGGCUGCAAGCAGUUGUCGCCGAAUGGGAGGGUAUCUUGCCACACCUCGAGACGAACAGGAACUCAACGACCUUUUGCCGCAUCUCGCAAAAUCCAAAAACUACUGGAUUGGCCUCAACGAUAUAGACCAAGAGGACGAGUUCGUAUCCGUGGCUUCUGGCAAGCCAGCUCCAUUUCUUAAUUGGGAUCAGUUCCAACCCAACAACUUGAGGAACAAUCAGGACUGCGUCUAUAUGGACUACGGUAGAAUGAUAGAUUCCGAGUGCAGUGAUGUCUGGCCUUUCAUUUGCCAACUGGACAAUGAAGUAUAGACAACGCGCAAGAAAUGGAGAUCCAUUUCAAAAAUGUAUCUUCAAAUCAUAAUAAAUUGAAUGAAUAAAUAUAACUUGU